AUGCCUUUAUAUCUGAGUCUGUCCAUAUCUGUUAUCGACGUCACUUUCAAUAAUUUAAUCACCACCUCUUUCUACCUACUUGGAGGUUCUAUCUCAAGUACUUGGUGGCAGAAAUGGUACGGGAAACAAGGGGUUCCAUUCAUCCGUAGGAAAUCUUACCAUUCUCUAGUACUUACAAUAUUAUAUAGUAUCUAUCUAUCUAUCUAUCUAUCUAUCUAUCUAUCUAUCUAUCUAUGCUUACGGCCACAUCACUAUAACUCGGCUGGCCCGGUUCAAUCCUUGGCUAUUGCUAAGUUGGACAGUAUUGUCGCCGGUCAACUGCUUUCCGCUUCGUUCCUUCUUCUGCUUAUGUCCCACGUUGAACACAGAGCAGUGGAACGAGCUAAAUCAAUAAAGAAAAAUGGUCGAAUUGAUGUGAGGAAACCGAUUAUCUAUCUAUCUAUCUAUCUAUCUAUCUAUCUAUCUAUCUGGGAAUUUUAA